CGCAGACGCCUCGCGUUUCUCCACUGUCCUGUCACCGGCUCUGUUUCUAGCUGGUCCUGGACAUUUCACACACACGCACGCGCGCGCGCUCACACGCACACACACGCACACAUUUUUCCACAAGAGCAGCCUGCGAGUGUAUGGAUACGAUACAACUUUUCUGAUGGUGAUUUAAAGGAACGUGGUUCCAGCAACAGGACUGCUUUUCUCGAACCCUGCUUUGUUAUCUGAAGCUGACACCAUCGUGCAUUUUGAGUGGCGACCAGGAAGAGUCCCACGGCUGAAGCCAUGCCCUGCGUUCAGGCUCAGUACGGCUCAUCGCCGCAGGGCGCGAGUCCCGCCUCGCAGAGCUACAGCUACCACACCAGCGGCGAGUACAGCUGUGACUUCCUCACCCCCGAGUUCGUCAAGUUCAGCAUGGAUCUGACCAACACCGAGAUCACAGCCGCUACCACGUCUCUGCCCAGCUUUAGCACAUUUGUGGACAGCUACAACCCCAGCUACGACGUGAAACCUCCGCCGUGUCUGUACCAGGUGCCUCCUGCGCACGCCUCCGAACAGCCCUCGAUCAAAGUGGAGGAUGUGCCCAUGCACGGGUAUCACCACCAUCACCACCACCCGCACCCUCAUCAUCAUCAGCAGCCGCAGGGUCACCUGGGCCCGCAGCCGGACGACGUGAUGGCGCACUCGGGCUCCGUUUACUUCAAGCCGUCUGCUUCGCCGCACGCGCCUGGCGGCGGCCCGAACUUCCAGGUACAGCCGAGCCACGUGUGGGAGGACGCGAGCUCGCUGCACGCCUUCCACCAGAACUACGUGGCGGCCGCAUCGCACGCCAUGGAGCAGCGCAAGAACCCCGUGUCGCGCCUCUCGCUCUUCUCCUUUAAGCAGUCGCCCCCGGGGACGCCCGUGUCCAGCUGCCAGAUGCGCUUCGACGGCCCGUUACAUGUGGCUAUGAGUCACGAGGGCCCGGGCGCGCACCGAGCCCUGGACGGCCAAAGCUUCGCGGUGCCCGGCGCUGUGCGGAAACAAGCUGGGGUCGCGUUCCCACAUACUCUGCAGCUCAGCCACGGACACCAGCUUCUCGACGCGCAGAUGCCGUCACCACCAUCCAGAGGCUCCCCGUCCAACGAGGGGAUGUGCGCCGUGUGCGGGGAUAACGCAGCGUGCCAACAUUACGGCGUGCGCACGUGCGAGGGAUGCAAAGGCUUCUUUAAGCGCACUGUGCAGAAGAAUGCCAAAUAUGUGUGUCUGGCGAAUAAAAACUGUCCUGUUGAUAAGCGCCGGAGAAACAGGUGUCAGUACUGCCGCUUCCAAAAGUGCCUAGUUGUCGGGAUGGUUAAAGAAGUUGUUCGGACUGCCAGUUUGAAAGGCCGGAGAGGUCGUUUACCCUCCAAACCCAAAAGUCCCCCGGAUGCGGCGCCUCCAUCACCCCCAGUCAGCCUCCUCAGUGCUCUGGUCAGAGCCCAUGUGGACUCCAACCCCAACAUGUCCAACCUGGACUACUCGAGGUUCCACGCGGGUCCGGAUUACCAGCUGAGUGGAGACGACACGCAGCAUGUGCAGCAGUUUUACGACCUGCUCACGGGAUCGAUGGAGAUCAUCCGCGGCUGGGCCGAGAAGAUCCCGGGCUUCACCGAGCUCUCCAAACAGGACCAGGACCUGCUCUUCGAGUCCGCCUUUCUCGAGCUCUUCGUUCUGCGCCUCGCCUACAGAUCCAACCCAAUGGAAGGGAAGCUGAUCUUCUGUAACGGUGUGGUGAUGCACCGGCUGCAGUGUGUGCGUGGUUUCGGCGAGUGGAUCGACGCCAUCGUGGAGUUCUCCUCCAACCUGCAGAGCAUGAACGUAGAUAUCUCGGCCUUCUCCUGCAUCGCCGCGCUCGCCAUGGUGACAGAGAGACACGGGCUUAAGGAGCCAAAGAAAGUGGAGGAUCUCCAAAACAAGAUCGUGAACUGUCUGAAGGACCAGGUGGCGUUUAACGGAGCUGCACUGAACCGCCCCAACUACCUGUCCAAGCUGCUGGGGAAGCUGCCCGAGCUGCGCACACUGUGCACACAGGGCCUGCAGCGCAUCUUCUACCUGAAACUGGAGGACCUGGUGCCUCCUCCAGCAAUAAUCGACAAACUGUUCCUCGACACGCUGCCCUUUUAAACAAACAACAACAACAACAAAGCAAGAAAGCAAGAAAGAGACUUUUUCCCCCUCAAAAAGACCUCAAUGAACUUCCAUAGACUCCUUUUAAGAGUCAGAAAGCUACAGAAGUUUUUAUUAUUAUUAUUAUUAUUAUUAUUAUUAUUAUUAUUAUUAUUAUUAUUAUUUCACAAAUCAAGGAGUCCAUGUUGGGAUUCAGAAGAACACACACACACACACACACACAGAAAGAGAGAGAGAGAGUUAUGCAUUCUUCAUUUCAACCUUCUUUGCAAUUUUACGCCAUGCUAUUAAAUAUAUUAAAUUGAAUGACCCUUAAAGGCAAAGACAGAGGGUUUGACCACUUCAGCUAUGAAAUUACACCUGGACUGCUGUUAAGAAAAUAAAUCUCAAAAAAGAAUUUACUCUGUUUAUUGACUCCAAAACAUUUUUAAAUCAUUGGGAAGCGCACAUUAAAUGUAUUAUAAGCAUAUUAUACUACAUACAUGAUAGAUUUGUCACCCAAGUGUAU